AUGGACGACGAUUACGAGAGCGUUUUAUUGAUCAUUCGCGAAUGUUUCGUAUACAAAAUCCCUCCCAGAACAGCAGCAAGAGGUUAUAGAGCUGCAGAAUGGGGAGAUCUUGGCAGCUCGUUUCUGUGGAAAGGUCGUUUAAGAAUCAUCAGCAAAGGAAAAAAGUGUGAAAUUCGCAUGGAGGACAAUAGCACAGGUGAGGUAUUUGCCGUUUGUCCAUAUGAGGUUCAUUCAAACUCUGUGGAGGCUGUGUUGGAUUCCAGCCGUUAUUUUGUGCUCAAAAUUGAAAGUGAUGGUCGACAUGCUUUCAUUGGAAUGGGUUUCCAGGAGCGAACAGAUGCCUUUGAUUUCAAUGUAACAUUACAGGAUUUCGUAAAACAAUUGCGCGCAGAAAAAGAAGCAGUGGAACGAGCAGCGCAUGCAGACACAACACCCAAAAAGGAUUAUAGUUUGAAAGAGGGUCAAACCAUCAAUAUUACGAUUGGUAAUGUCGGGGCAAAGAGAACAAGACAAAAGCCAGCCAACAGCAGUUCAUCAGGCAGUGGAGGGCUUGUGCCUUUAUUACCACCACCACCAUCUGCUUCUCAAGUAAAGCAACAACAGCAACAGCAGAAACAACAACAGCCGUUUUUUUGA